CCCAGCCCCCGCGACGACGCCCAGGGCCCCGACGGGCGCUCGCGGCCCGCAGCCCUCGGCCCCGCCGCGCCAGAGCGGCAGGCGCCGGCGGCCGCCGCGGACGCCGAGGCCGCGGCCGUGGAGGCAGGUGGCGAGGAGGAGGAGCCCGGGCGCGCCGCGGAGAAGGCGGAGGACGGCGAGUCGGCGGCGCAGGCGGCCGAGGCGGCGGAGGCGUCGGCCGCGCCGGCUGCCCAGAGCCCCUUGCAGGCCUGGGGCGCCAAGCUGGCGAAGCAGGUGACCGACGCCAAGGCCAUUGCCACCGCGGCCGGCGCGAAAGCGGCCAAUGCCGCGGCGAUGCAGCUGGCCGAGGCCAACGUGGCGGCCAACGCCGCGGCGAACCAGCUGGCCGAGCGCGUCGCAAAGGCGGAGGUGUCUGGUUGGCGUCCUCUCAGGAGAGGUGGGGCCGGUCGAACACCGGCGGCGAGCUGGCCCCGGCUGCGGCGGCGCCGCCCGCCGCGAGCGGCGCUGCGCCGGGGCGCCAGGACGACGCCGCGCCACCGCCCGCCGAGGUCCCCGCCGGCGCGGCGCCGGCCGCCGCGGGCGCGACACCCGCGCGCGCGGAGGA